UAGAUCAUACUUUAUUUUUAAAAAAUCUCUUAUAAGUAACUUAUUACAGAUCCUGGCAGUAUAUAUACCCCUCGUAUUCGAAAAACUUCACAGAAAUCUCGAGCACAUAUUAAUGAUUCAGCUGAAGUACGUUAUAUGCCAAAUGGAAGAAGAGUUUCACCUGAUGGAGCCUCCUACAUGAGUUCAAAUGCUGACUCGACCACUAAUGGAUCAUUUGCUGAACGUGUCUACAAAGUUAUAUUUGUUGGUGAUUCAGGUGUUGGAAAAUCAAGUAUUAUAAGAAAAUUUGUAUCUGGUGUAUUUGAUUUAAAUCUUCCAUUAACUGUGGCAAUUGAUUUUCAUGUGAAAUUUAUGCAUUGCGAUGGGACUAAUUUGUAUCUACAAUUAUGGGAUACAGCUGGACAAGAGAAAUUCAGAAGUAUUACACGACAAUAUUAUCGUAAAUCAGAUGGUGUAAUUAUUGUGUUCGAUGCAACUAAUGAAUCAAGUUUUUUAGCCGUCCGUUCAUGGCUUCAAUCGGUUACCGAAGAAACAGACGAGAAUACCGUUAUCUUAAUUCUUGAAAAUAAAUCUGAUCUCAUUGAAGAAAAUGAUAAUAAACGUGCAGUAUCGCGAGCUACAAUUGAUAAAAUUGUUCGCGUAAGUUCUUUGUGUAGCAGUGAUUAGAAUUAAGAUGUUUGCCAGAUUACCG